UGACGGGAGACCAAGAUGGCGGCGCCCAUCCGAGUUUGCGCCUCGGACCUUUUGUGAAAUUUUCCCUUUGGUGGAAGAACUUCCCGCGAAUUCGAACGGCGGGAGAGAGACAGCGAGAGUGGGGGAGAGGGAGAGACGGCUGUUCAAGUUUCACUUGUUGUUUUAACAGAAAUAAUGCUGAUAUCUGGAACCCAUGUCGAACGUCUAUGAAGAGAGGGUAACGAUGAUCGCAGCAGGGGAAAUGCAGGAGUUUGUUCCUUUUGGCCGUGACCACUGCAGGCGCCACCCUAAUGCCACAAAUCUUCAGCUUCGGCAGCUGCAGCCUGCGUCAGAACUAUGGUCCUCUGAUGGUGAUGCAGGAUUGGUGGGAUCACUGAGGGAGGUUACAAUCCAUGAGAAACAAAAGGAAAGCUGGCACCUGAGGAAAGGCUGUUGUGAUGUUGGUGAAGAGCUGGACUACGACGAAGAGCUUUACGUGGCUGGAAACAUGGUCAUCUGGAGCCGAGGAAGUAAAAGUCACGCUUCUUCAGUUUAUAAGGCAUUCACAGUGGACAGCCCAGUCCUGCAGGCACUUUGGUGUGACUUCAGCAUACCUCAGGACAAGACGGAAAGCACAGAAGCUCAAGAGAAGAGGGAAAAGUGUGUGUGCAUAGUACAGAAAUCCAGUGUAAAUGUGCACACUGUGGACGGAAAGGACUACAUUGCCCCAUUACCUUUCCAGGUUGCAGUUGUGUGGGCAACUGCUUAUGGGCUAAUGUUCGAACGUAGUAAUCCCGUUCAAGAAAUACCAUCAAGCCCUCUAAGGGAGCCAUUGCCUACGAUGUUCAGCAUGCUGCACCCGCUGGAUGAAAUCGCACCUGUUGUUUGUAAACCAGGAGGAAGUGUGACCAGUGUGCCAAGAGUACAGUAUGUUGCUGACUAUACCCUGAAAAUAGUUUUCUCCAAUACGGCACCUUCAAUCAUCUUGACUUACGACACAGUACAGUGUUUGCAUACAGUAUGGGCAUUACGUAAAAUCAAAACAGAGGAACAGAACACAGUUCUACGGCAUCCCGGUACAGCGGGGACUCCUCAACACAUAGCCACCAGCAGCUCCCUGACUGCUCACCUCAGAAGUGUCUCAAAGGGGGAGUCACCAGUGGCGUCUCCAUUCCAAAAUAUUUCCUCCUUCCCCAGCCAGAACAGAUCCACAGCCUCUCCGGGCACACACUCGCGCUCCCAUUCUCCUUCCAUUUCAAACAUGGCGGCACUGAGCCGAUCUCAUUCCCCUUCGCUGGGAGCUUCAGCUUUCUCUGGCAUUCAACGAUUCAACCUAUCAACUUACACCCCUUCUCCGAAGCGAGGCCGGAAUUCCCACUCCCCAAACAGCACUCUCAGUGAUUCGCUGCUUGUAUCUGAGACAGAGCCGGUCAUUCCAGAGCUGUGCCUUGAGCAUCUGUGGACAGAAAAUGUUGUCAGCACAAGGGAAAAGAAUUCUCAGGCCACAAAAGUAUUUAUUACCAGUGAUCUCUGCGGUCAGAAAUUCUUGUGUUACUUGGUGGAGUCUCGUCAUCAGCUACGGUGUGUGAAAUUUGAAGAGAGCAAUGACAUGACUCAGUUGAUUUUUGGAACUGUGACUGUCAUACAAGCAAAGGAUGCUGCCCCUCUGGAGAGUAUCGAGACAAUGGUAGUCCUGGAAAGCAGUGGCAAUCUGGUGCUGUACACUGGUGUUAUUCGGGUUGGAAAAGUGUUUAUUGCCGGACUUCCGGCUCCUUCAUUAUCAGUGUCCAACCCGAUGCCUCGACCUAGCACUCCACUGGGCAGUGUUAGUACUCCAGCUAGACCUUCAAGCAGGCAUCCUGGUGCACUGGAUGAGACUGUGUGGCCUUCUCCAGUCCCAGAGCUGAGUGAUUCCACUAAGAUCCAGGACUCGACCUAUAUGGAUGAUUGUACUUUCCACCAGGUGGGAACAUAUAUUCACUCUCUUCGGGAUCCUGUCCAGAACAGAGUUACCCUGGAAAUGAGUAAUGGUAAUUUAAUUCGGAUCUCAAUGCCAGAAAUAACAAACUCUCAGCUCGUGAAGAAGUGCUUGCAAGCUAUAAAGUACAUCCUCCCGAGAGAGAUUGCGGUGCAGGUUUUGAUUAAGUGGUACAACACUUACAAUGCUCCUGGAGGUCCAAACUAUCAUUCAGAGUGGAAUCUGUUUGUGACCUGCCUCAUGAAUAUGAUGGGCUACAGCACAGACAGACUGGCAUGGACACGCAAUCUUGAUUUAGAAGGCUCGCUGUCGCCUGUGAUCGCUGCCAAAAAAGCCAGACCUUCAGAAGUUGGUUCAGAUGAGGAUUGGGAGUACCUCCUAGCAAGUGACUAUCAUCGGAAUUUUGAGUCUCACCUUUUGGCUGGAGCUCUUCAUCUCGAACCCCUGAUGGUGUUGCAUCCCAAGGAAGAGACAUUUCCCAAUCUUGGUCUAGAUUCAACGACUCUUCUUUUUGGCCACAUUCCUGCCAUUCUGUUUGUGCUGCACCUGAUUUACGAGGAACUGAAGCUGGACAAUCUGAUGCGGGAGGGAGCACGUUCACUUGUCGUGCUCCUGCACCAGCUGGCAAGAGAUUUGAAACUGAAUGCCUACAUGGAUUUCUACUGGCGAGAUUACCCUUUACUGGUGAAAAACCUGAAGCAAAGUUGUAAAAUUGAUCAAGCACAAAUGAGACUCAUGAACCAGCCACCUUUCCUCACAAUGGAACCUCCAAGCAUCUAUCACUGGCUAAGUUCUUGCCUGAACAGUGAUGUAGUAUCUCCUUUUCCAUACCUGCCUGGCAUCUGUGAGAGAACAAAAUUAGUAGUGCAGAGUUUUGCGUUGUAUGUACUUGGUGAUGAAACGGCAUUCUCCCACGAGCCAUCUACGUAUUUAUCCAGAAUCUCAGCAGGGCAAAGAAAGCAGCAAGCGGAGGGAGACAAUAAAAGGCUCAGUUUGAAUCCGUGCAGCUUAUCCACCACCCUGGCUGCAAAACUGGUGGUUUCACUGACAAACCUAGGGUUUACCUUGAAGGAUUUGGAAUCUGUUCCCUUUGGGGUAGCACUCCCUAUACGGGAUGCUAUUUAUCACUGCCGGGAGCAGCCUUCCUCGGAUUGGUCUGAAGCUGCAUGUUCACUAAUUGGACGCCAGGAUCUUUCCAAACAGGCACACGAAGGAAAACUACACAAGACAAAAUCUGCGAUCGGACACCUGCUAGUAUCCGAUGGAGCUUCUGGAAAUGAACCUGAGGAGGAGGAAGACGGAAUGAAUGACAUGAAUCAGGAUCUGAUGUCCUUAAUCUGGAAUGAAGAUCUGCGUGUUCAGGAAGUCCGACGUCUCCUUCAAAGCACACAUCCCGUGCGGGUUAACGUUGUGCAGAUGCCGGAAGUGAGUGACCACGAGUUCAUUGAGGAAAAGGAAAACAGGUUGUUACAGCUCUGUCAACGAACUAUGGCACUCCCUCCAGGAAGAGGGAUGUUCACUCUCUUCUCCUACCAUCCAGUACCAACGGAGCCACUUCCUAUUCCAAAGUUGAAUCUCACUGGCCGAGCUCCUCCUCGAAACACGACUGUUGACCUGAACAGUGGCAACAUCGACGUGCCCCCCAACAUGGCCAGUUGGGCCAGCUUUCAUAAUGGGGUUGCUGCUGGACUGAAGAUUGCCCCGGCUUCCCAGAUAGACUCUGCUUGGAUCGUGUACAACCGGCAGAAGAACACGGAGCUGACAAACGAGUACGCUGGCUUGCUGAUGGCACUGGGCCUCAAUGGACACCUGAGCAAACUGACCACAAUGAACAUUCACGACUACCUCAGUAAGGGCCAUGAGAUGACCAGCAUUGGACUGCUGCUUGGAAUUUCAGCUGCAAAACUCGGCACAAUGGAUAUCUCGGUCACACGGCUUCUGAGCAUUCACAUUCCUGCUCUGCUACCUCCAACCUCAACCGAGUUGGACGUCCCCCACAACUUGCAGGUUGCCGCUGUAAUGGGUGUUGGGCUUGUGUACCAAGGUACUGCCCACAGGCAUAUUGCUGAAGUCCUUCUGGCAGAAAUAGGUCGCCCUCCGGGCCCCGAGAUGGAGAAUUGUACGGACAGGGAAUCAUACUCGCUGGCUGCUGGCCUUGCGCUUGGAAUGGUCUGUCUCGGGCAUGGGAGUAAUCUCAUUGGGAUGUCUGACCUGAAUGUCCCGGACCAGCUAUACCAGUACAUGGUGGGAGGCCACAGGCGUGCCCAGUCUGGAAUCCUCAGAGAAAAGCACAAAUCACCCAGUUAUCAAAUUAAGGAAGGGGACACUGUGAAUGUGGAUGUCACAUGUCCUGGAGCCACCCUGGCACUAGCCUUACUCUAUCUGAAAACAAACAACAGAUCGAUUGCUGACUGGCUUCGAGUCCCAGACACUCAGUACUUGUUGGACUUUGUGAAGCCAGAAUUUCUUCUAAUGCGAACUUUGGCGAGAGGAUUAAUUAUGUGGGAUGAAAUAAAGCCAAGUCCAGCAUGGAUUAAUAGCAACGUACCCCCAAUUGUAAGGCAGAACAAUACAUCAUUAAACACAGUCGAUGGGCAAACACCAGAAGAUGUUGACUUACAAACCAUGCGCCAAGCUCACAUCAACAUUAUUGCUGGUGCCUGUAUGGCAAUGGGCCUACGAUUUGCAGGAUCUUCAAACACAGCGGCUUUCAAUUGUUUGUACAAAUAUGUGAAAAUGUUUCUGGAGUCUGUCUCUUCACCAAUGGCAGCACUGGCUGGUCACCACAACCUAGAAACCUGUCUGAGUGUGGUUCUGCUGUCCCUGGCCUUGGUGAUGGCAGGCACUGGGAACCUGAAGGUCCUCCAGCUGUGUCGAUUUAUGCACAAAAGAACAGGAGGAGAGAUGAAUUACGGUUUCCACAUGGCCACGCACAUGGCCCUGGGCCUCCUCUUCUUAGGAGGGGGAAGAUAUUCCAUAUGCACAUCGAAUUCUGCAAAUGCAGCUCUGCUUUGUGCUCUUUAUCCUCGCUUUCCCGCGCACAGCACUGACAAUAGGUAUCACCUUCAAGCUCUGAGGCAUUUGUAUGUGCUUGCUGCUGAGCCACGACUCCUGGUACCGGUUGAUGUGGAUACAAACACACCGUGUUAUGCCCUCAUCAAGGUUACCUAUAAGGCUUCUCAGUGGUGUGAGGAAAUGACAGUCAACCUCAUGGCGCCGAGCCUUCUUCCUGAAUUACACUUACUGAAAGAGAUCAAAGUGAAAGGUCCCAAGUACUGGGAGAUUAUGAUGGAUCUCUCUAAAGGAACUCAAAGUUUGCAGUCAAUCCUGUCAAAAGAUGGUUUUCUUUACGUCAAGCUGCGGGCUGGACAUCUCUCCUACUCAGAGGAUCCAAAAGGGUUUCGCAGUCUUUUAGCUCAGACGUUCACCCAUCGAAACCCUGAGUUCCUUUCUAUCAAGCCAGAAGCUGUUUCUGCUUUUACCUCUGACCCAGCUCUGCUAUCAUUUGCAGAGUACUUCUGCAAACAUUCAAAGAAAGACGGCGAGAAACAGGAAGUGCUGGACUUACUUUCAUCGAUCCUGUAUGAGUGUGUUACUCAGGAGAAGCCCGAAAUGCUGCCCACGUAUAUGGCCAUUGACCAGGCUGUCAGGCGAUUAGAGCGAAAAGAAAUGUCAGAAACCUUUGAGUUGUGGCAGAUAAAACUAGUGCAACAGUUCUAUAACUCCAGUUCACUCCAGGACAACUUUAAAAACAGCAACAGGGGACUUCUUAUCAACUCCGAGUUCCUCCUUGCAAUGAAGAGUUCGCUGGAUAGCACCCUGGAUCAGUGGCUCCAUGCAUCGGGAGACGUGCUGUUACGUUCCUACCUGAGUAAUCAGCCUGUAGAGGAAUCACAGAUUGCCAUGCUGGCAUGUUUCUUGGUCUAUCAUUUAGUGCCAACACACCAACAAAUCACGUCUACGGGGAUUGAAGGUACUUCAAGUUUUUCAGAACUCCUGCUGAAAUUCAGCCAGCUACGUUUACCUGUGCAGGCGCUGUUGCGGUUAGCUCUAGUGAUUCUCGGUAAUCCCCAGGCAAUGCUAGUUUGAUUUCCACUGACCCUCAUCAACAGCUCGAAAACCAGUAGGACUGCUAAUGGAAUCUCUUCAGUCUGGUAAUGGAGUUGAUUGUUCUCAAACUAAAGCACAUGAUCAGACUCUGCCACAUUACGGUGCAUUAACAUCAAGUCAUAGGUGUGUAUCUGUUGACUAAACAUGGAUUGUCUGUGAAUAAAGAUGUCUACUUUUGCA